UCGAUAAUAUCCAGAAACCCAUCAGAAUUUUUCUCCUAUAAAUACAACGCUUCAUUAAUAUCCAGAAACCCAUCAGCAUCUAUUAUUUUACGACGUCGUUUCUGAAAUGGCACAAGACAACAUUGAUGCGCAACCAGCCAUGACCGCUGAGGAGCAGCAGAAGCUGAAAUAUUUGGAGUUCGUGCAAGUGGCUACGCUGCAUGUAUUGAUGUGCUUCACAAACCUCUAUGUGUAUGCGAAGGAGAAAUCCGGGCCAUUGAAACCCGGUGUGGAGACUGUUGAGGGAACGGUUAAGAACGUGGUUGGACCUGUUUAUGACAAGUUCCAUGUCGUCCCAAUGGAGCUUCUCAAGUAUGUUGAUCGCAAGGUUGAUGAGUCGGUGACCAAGAUUGACACCCAUGUGCCUCCAGUCCUCAAGCAAGUUCCUGCUCAGGCUCUCUCUGCAGCUCAACAGGCUCCAGUGGUGGCUCGAUCGGUGGCUUCUGAAGUGAAACGAGCUGGCGUGGUGGACACAGCCUCAGGAAUCGCAAAAUCUGUUUACACCAAGUACGAGCCAACAGCCAAGGAGCUCUACUCCAAGUACGAGCCAAAAGCCGAGCAAUGCGCUGUGUCAACUUGGCGCAAACUCAACCAGCUCCCACUCUUCCCUCAAGUGGCCCAAGUUUUCGUGCCCACUGCUGCCUAUUGUUCCGAGAAGUACAACGAAACGGUGCUUAGCACCGCAGAGAAGGGAUACAGAGUGUCUACUUAUUUGCCGUUGGUUCCUACCAAGAGGAUUGCUAAGGUGUUUAGCAAUGAGGUAGCUGGAUCACAGCCUCUGGUUUCUGCUGGACAUGAAACGGAUGUUUCUGUGCAGUGACCAUCUUUUUUAAGUGUUGAUGGGUUGUUCUUAUUUUGUGUGUGUGUGUCUCCCAUCAAAAAUGUUUUUAUAUUUAUCAAAGUAAUAGAUUUUGA